CCAGUUACCCAAAACUGGGUAACAUUUAAAAAAUGAAGGGAAGUUUGGCUUUUUAGCUUUUGAUUCAUACAGUUUUGAGAGGAGAACAGCACAAUAGUAGGUGAAGCGGCUGCAAACUCACAGCGGCGUUAGUAAAGAAGAAGCAGGUGUCCAACAUGGCGAACGCGGCCAGCGGAGCUCUCGCAAGCCUUCUGCUUUUAUCCACGAUUGCGGCAGCUGUUCUCCAAGGAGCAGCUCAGUACCCAGUCCAAAGCCAGAACCUGGUGACAGACAACGUGUCGGUGGUGGAGGGAGAAACGGCCACGAUCAGCUGUCGAAUUAAAAACAACGACGACUCCGUCAUCCAGCUUCUGAACCCCAACAGACAGACCAUCUACUUCAAAGACGUCAGACCCCUGAAGGACGCUCGCUUUCAGCUGGUCAACUUCUCAGACAACGAGCUGCGCGUGGCUCUGUCCAACGUUUCUCUCUCGGAUGAGGGCCGAUACGUGUGCCAGCUCUACACGGACCCGCCGCAGGAGGCCUACGCCGACAUCACUGUGCUGAUCCCACCUGGCAACCCAAUCAUCGAGUCACGGGAGGAGAUCGUGAGCGAGGGCAAUGAGACAGAGUUUAUCUGCACAGCGAUGGGCAGCAAACCCGCUGCCAACAUCAAAUGGAUGAAGGGCGAUAAAGAGCUGCAAGGGAGGUCUAAAGUGGAGGACACAUUCGACAGGAUGUACACGGUGACCAGCUGGUUAAGGUUUACAGUCACAAAGGAGGACGACGGCGUGCCCGUGGUCUGCAUUGUGGAUCAUCCGGCGGUUAAGGAAUUCCAGGCUCAAAAAUACCUGGAAGUUCAGUAUAAACCAGAGGUGAAGAUUGAGUUUCCGAAAGGCCUGACCAGAGAGGGAGAGAACCUGGAGCUGACAUGCAGGGCCAAAGGCAAACCACAACCUCAGCAGGUGAACUGGAUAAAGGUGGACGACGACGUGCCAUCACACGCCGUUAUCUCCGGCGCAGAUCUCUACAUUGAAAAUCUCAACAAAUCCUACAACGGUACUUACCGCUGCGUGGCCUCCAACUCGGUGGGUGAAUCCUUCGACGAUUACACCCUCUACGUGUACGAUGCCCACACCACCACCCCUAUACCCACAACAGCCACCACCACCAUGUACACCACUACAUCUCUCCCAGGCAUCACCCAAGACGCCGCGCCCAGCACCGAACCCGCUGCACACGACUCAAGAGCAGGAGCAGGAGCUCAGAGGGCAGUGGACCAUGCUGUUAUCGGAGGAGUGGUGGCUGUCGUGGUCUUUGCCAUGCUUUGUCUUCUUAUCAUUUUGGGACGAUACUUUGCAAGACACAAAGGUACCUACUUCACACAUGAAGCGAAAGGGGCAGAUGAUGCAGCCGAUGCUGAUACAGCCAUCAUCAACGCUGAAGGUGGACACAACAACUCGGAUGAAAAGAAGGAAUACUAUAUCUGAUUGUCCAAACCCUUUGCUGGUGUUUAUGGUUUAGUUUUUUGAUGGGUGGGAUGGGUGGAGCAUGGACGGGUUGAGAAUGGGAAAUGGGAUUGAAGUUUUUUCUUUGUUUUUAUUUCUGGCAAUGGAAUGAUUUAGACUGCUACCAGGACAGCUAAGAUGAUUUCAGCAUUUGUGUUGGGGUGGGAAUGAGAGGUUCAUGGUCAGGGGUGGGAAAUUGGGUAGGGUUGGGGUUGCCAGAUGUCGCCAUGUAUCAUUGUAGAAUGCUUUACCAUUUAACGUCUCCCAAACUGCUGAUACUACUUUUGUUCAGUUCAGACCAUUUGCAGAAACUUCUGUGCCUUGUUCUGAUUUUUUUUCUCUAUCAUGCUUUUGGUUUCGAACUAUUGUGCUGCCCAAAACAUAAUCACACCCCAUUACUUUAUUCAUAGUCUCUGUCCGCUUUCCUAUGAGGGUAAUUUUACACAGCGCCUCAAGACACCUCUGCACUGUGUAGCCAUCGCGUUCUUUAACUGCGAACCAAAAUUCCUUCACAUCCUAUCCUCUAUACUGUGAGAAGGCCAGGAAACAUGGCAUUAUUUUAAGUAUUUCUGUAAUCACUAAAAUGUGUAUUUGACAUCUUAAACAUUGUGUACUAGGAAACUAAAUGAGGAAAAGCAAAAGCAUGACCCGUUAAGAUUAUUUCCUAAUCCUAAUCCUUAACCCAGACCCAGUCACUUCCAACCUAUUGCCAUAAAGUACAAGUACUGAUCCUAAAAACUGUACCUGUUUUUAUUCUGUAUUGCUAUGAAAUGGUUAUUUUUGACACUGUACAAAAUUUCUCCUGAUGUAUAAAUUACAUGUGCCAGUACUUUUGAAACCUAUCUACUAACUAGAGUGUGUUUAGGUUGCGGCCAAUUUAUUUCCAGCUCGACCUGCUGCACUUGCACAGGCAUGUUGAUUAAUUCCACUCAGCUAGACAGGGUUAAACGGAUAUUUAUUGUUUUGGAAUGAUCUUGUAUUGUUUCUAUCCACAGAUUGAAAAAAUCCUAAAGACUCAUGCUUACAUAAAAAGGUCAAAAUGUUUUAGCAAUUUAACUGCUCUAGUCUAUCUAAGCUGGUGGUGAUGGUUCUGUAGCACAUGCUUAUCUGACUACCUAAAAUAGUAAAGAAAAUUGUGGGUCUGUUAGUAGGUAUUAGAUUCUGGUUUCAGUAUGUAUACUGUAUACUAUAAGACACAACUGCAAUUUUUUGUGGUGGGAUGCUCUACAGAUAUGAAUACAUCUUAUUCAUCUUAUAAUACUACCUAAACAGAAAUCUUUAUCUAUCAAAAUGCAUUUUUCCAUGAAGACAUAGCAAUUACAUGAUAAAGAGAAGCCUCAGAUGUAAUUUGGUGGAAUUCAUUAUGAUACAUACGACUUAAUUUAUUCCAGCUAAUAUCAUUAACAGUGCAGGUAAUACAAACUGGCUUUUGUAUUUAAUGAAGUGAAUCACUACAAUGUAAGAUUAAUCAAGAUCCCUGAUCACCCCUGUUCCAGCAGAUCUAUCAGAAUUCAAUUUUGAGCUCCUGUAUGAUUUAAUAGGUAAAAAAAUUAGUGCCCAUUUGUGCUGCAAUAACAUACGUUUAAAUACUGUGGUCCAGGAGAGCAUAAUUGCCUUUGCUUUCUAGUUGGAAGGAAUUACUAUUAAGGGCAUCCAUGAGUAUCAUUUACACAACAGAGGGUAGAUAAUGCUCU